CCUCCCUCUCUCUCUGUCUGUGUGUGUGUCUCUCUUGCUGUGUUCUGUUUCUAGUAGUUGCUUCGUUCCUUCUUUCCUUCUGUAAUGGCCCAACGCGUGGUAGAGACGGACGUCGGAGAGGAAGGGCGACUCGUGAAAAAUCAGCGGCUUUUAGCCUCCAUUCAUUUUGCUUGCGGUCAAUUGGCGACAGAACACGGGCAAUCCACGGACUUGCAGUAUUCCCGGGGUGUGGUGGCGGCCUUGGGUCAAUUGGCCUUUGACCACUUACGACAGUGCGGCCAAGACCUAGAAGCCUUUGCUCGACACGCCAAACGGAACACGGUCCAAGCCGACGAUGUCAAGCUUCUAGUGCGACGGAACCCGCAUUUGCACGAACACAUCAGUCAACUGGCUGGUUCUAGUGGCGCAAAUUCGACGAAAACCUCCAAGCGUAAAAAGCCCGCCGGAUCCGAUUCCGGACCGGCCAAGAAAAAACGCGAUCAACCCGAGCCUUUCAUAGUCUAACCCAACC